AUGUCUAACAAUGUUGUAAUAUUUAUUGAUUCUAAUAUUAAAACUCUAGAUAUCACAGAUAAUUCUAAAAAUUCGACUCUCGACAUUGUAUUUGAAAAGACUAGUUGCUCAGCACCACAUCCUGAAGGAAUAAAUUUCUAA